AUGAAGGCCCUAGUAUCCGCAUUCAAUGCGUGGACAUGCAUCGUCAUCUCCGCCUUCGGAAUCGUCAUCCUCAGCAUCAUCGGCAGCAUGUUCGCCAGCGGCCACCACAGCAUGAUGGGCAGCACCGAAGACCCCGUGAACGGCGGCAAAGUCGCCGCAGCGGUGUUUGGAGCGGUAGUGGUAUACGCUGUCUUCCUCGUCUUCUGCGCCCUACAAGCCUGGCUGCACGCGCGAUCGAGCGGGAGAGGGGAGAUUGCUUUGCGUUGA